UUUGUACCAGUCUUCAUGAUAGAGUUGUUUUCUUCGUUUUUAAUAUCUUUAAUAAGUCUCUAGAGUAAUACAUUUACUGCGCCCUGUGUGUGUUUACAAGCCAGUGUCAUUGCAAAGCAAAUAAACGAAUGUGUACUGGUUUAUCCUUUCUCUGAAUACCUUGAGCGAGUUUCCCCAAAAAGAAUCGCUGCUUGAUAACAAACAAUAGGUAUGAAGAGGGGAUAAACUUCACAUAAUUUCAAAAUGCGACGCUUAUAACGGCCACUGUUCUACCGGAGCACUGGGGUUUCAAACACUACAGCUUUCUGUAUGAUUUGUUUGUGGACAUGCAAUAAAACAUUUGAAACUACGCUCAGUUCACAGUGGCUUCAUAAAAAUACCCAAUGUGAUUUACAUUUAAAUUCUUAAAUUAUUACCUAACACCAUCAAACGCGUGCCGACAUUAUUUCAAAAUGUAGCUUUCAUGUUUCUGUUGCAGGUCAGGAGGCCUUAUGUUCUUAAUUAUAAAAUUCAUUGGCCUUUUCAAACACAAAUAUUAGAACGCAACCAGGAACCAGCUCGAAAUUGUGAACUAGGUGUAAUAUCUAUGUCGGAAAUGCUGCAAAAUACCGCAGAGGACUGAUUGAUCUUCGAACAGAAAAGUUGCAUAUUGAGAUAAUCGCUACGUGGUUCAUUGUGUUUGCGAUCAAAGUCUAUAAAUAGGCCUGUGUAUCUUUCUGUGUAUUGCUGUGCCUUAUUUUCCACACUUUCCACUGGUCUCAGGACGUGGGUAGAUGGAUGAUGUUGUUGCUUGUUAUUCUCACUGUUACACCGUUUGUUCCUUCACACUGUUCGUCAUAUGGCCUACAUUAUAGCCGAGGCCAGGUUAUGAACACUUCUGCGCUGGUCUUCCCAGAUCAAGACACCUCUCUUCUGAGGUGGCCUUCCAUUUCCCCUACUGCAUCCGCUGCCCACUACAUUAAGUGUGUGUGUUUGCAGUAUAUUUGUAUCCAAUUUAAAAACCUCCACAGUUUGCAAGCUACAGGCUAUGAGAUGUAAUUGCGUUUAUUUUGAAAAGGAGCUGUUCUGCACUUAUAGUUUAUAUGCAGCACAUAAAUUUAAUGAAAACUUUCUAGGCGGGACCGAAACUCGGAUUGAUCUCGGGAAUAAACCCGUUGCAGGAGCAAUAUUUAACAUUUGCAAUCCCUUUAUUUGUGAGCAGCAGCUGAUUACUCUGGAGAGGAAGCAUUUGUAAUUAUCGUUUUUCUGGAAUAUGUGUCAAACAUUACUGUUAUUCUACACGUAUGCAUAUUAAUAUAAUAGAAGGUCCUUUAAGUUUUCCCCACGCAGAACGCGUACGAUAAGUGUUAUUGUGGGAAGUCUGGGAGCUGUCACUUGUCUAGUUUUAUUACUUUUAUUGCCCACUAAGUGUUCAGAAUUCUUUUGCAGAACAACUGCCCUAACACCACCCUGCCCCCCUCGCCGAGCUGAUUUCCGUUGAAUACAAAGAAGGGAACACUGUCUGAAUGCUUGACUUUAUUUUCCUUCUCCACACACAGACACACAAAUGGACACACAGACACAAACACACGGGUGUGUGUUGCCAUACAUGUAUAUGCAUAGGUAUAUAGUUUUACAACGGGGUGUUUUUAAACGUACUACUUGUCUAAAAUACCGCAUUCCCAAAAUAACAUUUAUUCGAAUCAUAAUUCAGGACAGUCAGUAAAAUCAUGGCCAACGUUUUACAUGUCUCAUUGUGUUUUUCAGGAACAUGUAGCAGUGUUUGUGCGCAAACGGCAAUAUUUACAUCGUAGUCAUUGCAUUUAAAUGCAAAACAGUUAUAUUUUUGUUUACGUCAAUUGUUUUAGCUAAGAAAUUUGUUUACAUACUCGUCCGUAUAUUUAUUUAUGCAAUUGCUACAGUAAUAUAACUUAUAAUACUACAACUGAAGCGCUCAGCGAUGAGUGGAAAUAAGAAUGAAUUUUAUUCAUUAAUUUUUAAGUAUCAGUCACUAGUACUUUUGUUUCUUUUCAUGUUCAGUGCCAUUUUAUGAAGACUGAGUUUUAGUUAUUAUACACAGACGUUUAUUCAUUUUUAAGCAAGCACAGACAUAUACACAGUUCGCCAUUAGACGUCCAGAAUAGGAUAAGUUUGAUAUUCAUCAGGAACCGCGUUCUCCUUUCUCUUUGGGAAUAAAUUUUACAGCUAAAUGCAUUAAGAAGUGCGGUUCAUACUGUAAACAGAAUAUUGUACUGUUCCGAAUAGGAUCAUGUACGUUCUUUACGGACGAACGUGUUUCUCUCUCUCUGUGCCCAUAACCUCUUAAUGCAGCAACAUUGUUUUAACAAGCAGUUUGAAACGGUUAAAAAAACAGCCUUAUAACACGUAACAAAAGAGUGUUUUUUUUAAUUGCAUGCGUUAUUUUCAGUGUGUUUUUACCUUCAGAGUAUAUUACCUGAUGAUGUGUUCAAAUACCUGAUUUUCAGACAUGCAUAAGGUCUUGCUCAUUAAGUCUUCUGCCAUUCUAAACAUAUUUUAAUAUGUCUGUCACUGUCUGUGAAUAUACCCGAGUAUAGUCCAAAAGUAGGAAUACUUUUCAUCAAAAGAGGAGAAAAAACGAAGGUAUGUUUUUUUCCCCAUUUUCCUCCCGACUCCUCGCUUUCAAUUGGCGGAAAGCGGUCAGCUGACCCUGUCAAAUUGUCCAUCUUGGAGCGGAGCCCUAGCUAUAACAUUCGGGCUCCGAGUCUUUGCUGUAGCCCUGAAAUUAAAAAUAAAUAAAUAAAUAAAUAAAUAAUAGUAAAAGAUUCGGUACAACGAACGUCAACAGAACAAGGGAGAGUUAGACAGAGACAGAGAACGGGAGAGAGAGGGAGAGAGUGGGAGAAGGAUAAAGAAGGAAGGUGAGAAAGAAAGUGGGAGCGAGGUAUGAAUUCGUAUUUCGCAAACCCGUCGCUCCCCUGCCAUUUAACUGGUGGUCAAGAAGUUUUACCCAACGUGCCCUUAAAUUCGACCACCUAUGACCCCGUGAGACAUUUCUCGUCAUACGGGGCUGCCGUGGCCCAAAACCGGAUAUAUUCCUCUCCGUUUUAUUCGCCCCAAGACAACGUUGUGUUUGGAUCGAGCCGGGGACCCUACGAGUAUGGAUCUAACGUGUUCUACCAGGACAAGGACGUGCUCCCCAGCUGCCGGCAGACAAGUAUGGGACUGAACGCACAGAGCUCUCUUGCACAAGACUGCAGCUCAGAUCAGACACGCUCUGGAUCACAGGAGCAGAAAGGAAAUAUCCAAAUUUAUCCAUGGAUGCAGAGAAUGAACUCCCACAGUGGGGUCGGGUACGGAACAGACAGACGGAGAGGCCGUCAGAUUUACUCCCGGUACCAAACCCUCGAACUCGAGAAGGAAUUCCACUUUAACCGGUACCUAACCAGACGCAGACGUAUCGAAAUCGCCAACGCUCUCUGUCUGACAGAACGCCAGAUCAAAAUAUGGUUCCAGAACCGCCGCAUGAAAUGGAAAAAGGAAAGCAAUCUAACCUCCACUCUGACGGGUAAUGUGUCUGCGGGAGGGUCUCAGGAAACAGAAAAAGAAGAAGCAGAAGAGGAGGCAGAUGAGGGCAAGAAGAAGGAAUGAAAACUGACUGCUUACACCACGAGCAUCGCCAGUAUAACAGAACUACCUAAGCGUAUCUUUUUGGUACACAUAUACAGUAACUUAUAAUUGCAUGGACACUAAAGCUACACCUCUUUGUCUGCUCUUCCUUUGUACUCCCUACUUCUGCCCCCCACUCUUCCCCUCUGUCGCUCUCACUCCACAUAAAAGCACGUAAUCACAACAUCGUUGCACUUCUUGUAUUCAGUUCGGAUGCAAUAUGUCUUGAGAAAAACGUUACGCUUCCCGAUGGUUCCCUGUGUGGACACCGCUCCACUGCUGACUACUUGACAUUUUCAAACAUAUGCAGAUGAACGUGUAAUGACGCAAAUAGUGCUGAUUUUUAUGUUACCCGAAAACAUUCGCUCCACUGAGUCUGUAAAUACAUGUCCCUCGCAUCAUUUUGCCAGUAAAUCUGUCCUUCUGGUGAAGAUCCGUUGUGUGUUAAUACACAUUGCGGCCACUCCUUGAGUGAAGGUAUAAUGCUAUAAUCCUACUCCUGUGAAAUAUAAUUCAUUUAACUUUUUCGUAUAUUGUUGUAUAAAACUUUAGGUUAUUGCAAAUGCUGAAAAAGUUGUCACUUGACAACAUAUACUACCUGACUUGUGAAUAUCUCUGUACAUAACGAUAUACAGUUCCUGUGAGAUUUUUCGUGUGCAUUCUGCAGUUGCUCCUAGACACUAUUUAUACUUACUUUGCAUUGUACUGUGUAAGAGUAUGACAAAGUCCAUUAUCAUAGUUUUAGUAAAACUGCAUAGGAUCUUAACAGCAAAUAAAUCCACAUUUUAUGGACUGGAUGAAAAUAA